GGAGGAAAUAGCGAACUGUUUUUCUAGCUAGUUAUCGUCAGGUAGUUCAUCUGUCGUCUGUGAGCUUGGGUGAAUAUCAUUGACUGUCUAACGGUAGCGUUUUAAAGGUUGCUUUGGCUUUAUUUCCUAGGGUCGCCAGAAACUACCCAAAAAACAACAACAACAAACAAGAUGUUACAUUAGCUUCCUGGCUUUGUAGCCGCUUCGUAAAAGCUUAUAAAGUUAGUUAGCUAGCGUUAACUUAACUCUCCGCAUCGAUACCUAAAGGUUUAUUUAAUAUCGAGAUAUAUGUCUAGCUAAAUAGAAAAGAGCUAAUACUGCACACAUGUUAAUUUUAGUUAAAAAAAAUGCUUGUUGAUUCUUAUUGAGAAGGGAUUUCCGUGCUAAUUCAGGCCAUCGUUGUCAGCUAACGUCAGCUACCUGCCUGAAACACUGGGUUUUGGCAAAAUCAUGGCUGACGAAAACACACAGUUCUGUGGCAAUUGCAAACAUGACAUUCCCGAAGCCAACUUUACAACCCACGAGAUUCACUGCAGGAGAAACAUCGCUCUGUGUGAUGUGUGCCAGGAGCCAGUGCCCAGGAUGGAUCUUCAGGAGCACAAACAGCAGGAGCACACGCAGAUUACGUGCAAGUGUGGUUUGAAGAUUGAGAAGAAUCAUCUGGAUGCCCACCAGAGCUCUGAAUGCUCUCAGCGGUUGGUCCCAUGCCAGUACUGUGAAUUGGAGCUUGUCUUCAGUCAGUCCAAAGAGCAUGAGGAUUAUUGUGGAACACGCACCGAGCCUUGUUCCUACUGCAAGUGCAAUGUAAUGCUACGAGAGCAAGCUACGCAUCCAGCCUUAUGUGGAAGCCUCACACCUCCCCAAGAAAGAAACAACAGUAGGACGAGUCGAAGUCCAGUGGAACAGCAGUCGGGGGCAUGGCUGGAGACCCACUCCAUCCGAAACCCCCUGAGAAGCCAAGAGAGAGGCCCGAAAAAUAACAACAUCAGUGCAGGAGAGCAGCAAGCCUUUCCACGGCCUUCAGUUUAUAACACUUCAAGGGGACCUCGGCCUGCAGACUGGAGAAAUAUUUCACCACAGAAUCCUUUUAGCAGCUUGCUGGGCCAGGGCGAUUUUCUGCAUAGCAGAAGCAGCAGCACAUGGCCACACGGUGAGCACACUCUGGAUGAGGAUUCAUCUGGCCUUGACUACAUGCUGGCUCUCAGCCUGCAGAGUGAUGGAGACUCAAGGGCUGGAGGUCUUGAGGGCAACGUGUGGAGUGAUAUCUGGGACCACAAGAUUGGAAAAUCCAACACCACUCUGGCCAACAACAACUACCCAGACUUCACUGUAGGGUCAAGCACAAGCGCAGUCCAGGACCAGGAUCAAACAGAUACCAUGUUGCCUUGUGAAUUUUGCGAAGAGCUGUUUCCAGAAGACGACCUCAUUUUACAUCAGACUGGGUGCAGUCCUGCUUCGGCAUUUGCGUCUUUCAGCAAACAGCCCUCAUCUCCACCUAAAGAUGACAGGACUAGCAGGAGUGCUUCAGGGCUGGUGCACAGCCUACCUGACACAUUAGCUUCUAACAUCCCCACCUUCCCUCGGUCAGUCUCCCCGGCCUCCUACAGUCCUCCGGCCAGUCCACUAGAGGGCGAUGUGGUCAUUCCAUGUGAAUUCUGUGGCGUUGCUCUAGAAGAGGCUGUAGUCUUUCAUCAUCAGGACAAAUGUGAUAUGCGCCCCCAGAGUGCUCACCCUCUCAAUAAUGUAUCAAAAGCAUCGGUCAAAAAACCACUGGGCCCUGCUAAAGAACCCUUUGGACAGUCAUCCCCUGAGUUUCAGAGAAGAAUAAGGCACCAAGCUGACUUCUUGGAUGAGGACUUUGCAUUUGAUAGGGAAACACCAUCAGGACAAAACCAGAGGGGAUGGCAGAGAAGCUACAUUGGACAACAGAAUCAAAGGAAGACCUCCAACUAUGACGUUUCUGUGAAGAACAGACCUCAGCAGGGUGGAGAAGCAGAAGGAACUCCUUUAUCUUUCUGUGACACAGACAAGUCUGCAUCUCUAAAGGGACUUCAUUAUCUAGAUAACAAAGAAGGAAGAGGGAACAGAAGGAAUCCAAUAUCAAAGUUACCCAAGAAGCAGAAUGAAGAGCAGGAGGAAGAGUGAGAGCUGGAAUUUGUUUAGAAAUGGAAAAACCAAAUCUUCUACUCUUCUGCUUUUCGUGUAACUUUUUUGCACUUUGAAAAUGAAACAUAUAGCUAUCUGCUAAGUGCCUGUGGGAGUGUCAGGAUCUUGAAGUUUAUAUCUUGAUGAAUUUUACUGUCAAAGCGCCCCUAUUAUGCUUCUUUACGGGUUCAUAAUUUUUAUUUUGGGGGACUACUAGAAUAAGUUUACAUACCUUAAUGUUUAAAACUACCAUUUUUCUCAAACUAUAUACUGCUGAAAUCUUCAAAGCUCCGAUUUAAGCUCCUCUCAUUUUAAGAACCCCCUUCAGACAAAACCCUGCUCUGAUUGGUGAGUUGGCAUGAUGAAAGCAAAGACAACUCUGAUUAUAUGCUUAAGAUAGUCCAGAAUAGAAAUAAUUUUGAUUGCUUUUAACUUUCUGUGAUUAGUUUACAUGUAAAUAUAACAGAAAUCACAGCACAGCCAUUAUCUCUAACUUACCUGAAUGAUCAUGACGUGGCUGUUAUCAAGAUUAUAGCAGUGCAUCGCUCUGCCUCCUAUGAUUCCAGGAGUGCAUGAGGACUCCUACGUACCUUCUUGCAGCCAGUAAGUGGAGACGUUACAGAAUUAGCAGAAUUGGCUGUACUGUGGACACUAAUAUGGGCUGUGAAGCAGCUCCUCAUUCUUUGUGCUCCUUAACCAUGUGGCAUUAUGGGACUGUAUAUAUAGUGACCUAGAAGGAGUUCAGGAGCAGCGUUUAAUGUGGGGGGAGAAAAACUCCAUAUGGUUAGGACUUUGUAACUUUGCAAACUUGCACACAAAAGCUUAAAGGCAUAGCUGGUGUGACAUCACCUGUCGAUUAGUGCAGUCUUGUUAGGAAGCCUCGAGUUGAGCAUUUUCACCGUUACCGUCUCAGUGUUUUGAAAACUGGCGUGAUGUGUGGGGGGGGUGGAUCUGACUGCGAAACCACAUGCUCAUUGGCUAAUGACUUCUGAGUGACAAGUUGCUGGCAAAUGACUCUUACAAGGAGCAUAAUUUACAAAAUUAAAUAUGACCUGAAGCUAGCUACUGAGCCCAGAAACUCCUCAGAAAAAGUUUCCUGAGGUCACAGAGCAAAGGAGACGGGGGGCCGUUCUCUGCAGCCAGCGUCGCUGGCCAUUUAAAUCCCGUUUUUCAUACCUGGAAGCUAUGUCCAUCUUUUACAUACAGUUUAUGUGUGUAACACACUAAAGGAUAGGGAAAACCAAAAACAAACAAAGCAUAAUAGGGGCACUUAAAAGUCUAAGUAAUUUGGCGUAUUCAUACAUAUUCUACUUUAUAUCAGAUGUUUUAUGGCUAACAUGAAGCCUUCACUAUAAAUGCUAAGAUGGAUUUAAUUUAUGUUGAAUAUAAGUUUUUCUUUUUUUUCCUUAAACAUAAAAGUUGCAUCUUGUUUAUAAAGAACACUGAGAGUCCGACCCUUACAGUGUGCUUUUGUUAGACUUUACAUUUACUUUGUUACUCCAGCCAGUUACAUUUUUUUAAGCCACUAUUUGCUUUUUUCCCAUCAGGGUAUGCCUCAGUGUUGGUUCCUUCGUCUUUCUAUAACCUAAAGCACUUUGAUAGAUUCUACAUUUAGUUAAAAAGGGCUUGAGGAACAGAUUUGAUUUCUGCAUCUUUGACCAAGAGAAGAAUUCCCAGUUCUAUUGAACACCUGUCUUUUUAUACUAUUAAACUUUUGUCUUUAAUAAUUUGUUUGUAACAACUCGGUAAUAUUUUCAUUGGUAUUUAAAUACUAUCAUAUUUAGGAUCAUCUAGAAUUCAUAUAGAAAUCAUAUAGAAUUAUAUUUGUGGUGUUAUGAGAUGUUUCCUAAUAUUUUAUGAAGUAGUGUGAAUGUUUUUUUUUGUUUUUUUUUUUUUUUGUGUGUGUGUGUUUCUCCUAAAUAGUUCUGAUUGAUAGGACAUAUUUUGUGUGUAACAUAGGGCCUACUAUAGAAUUCUUAAAAACUAGGCAGUCUCAGAUGGUGGAGUCUGCACAUUUUGCCUUUCUGAUCAAAAAGCCCAAGUAGACAACAGCAGCAGCUCAUGAGUGAAAUCACCUUGUGUAUUGUUUUGUUGGAUUUUAGGUUGACUUGCUGUUUAAGAACAACUGUCUUGAUGCUCUUUGUCUUGUGUAGUUAUUAAAAGUUUUAAGGUGUA